CUGACACAAACUAUCCAUCACAGCCUGCCAGAGUCUUUAAAAUCAAAGAAGAAGUGAAGAAGCUGCAGCCGGUUCAUUCUUCACACGUUACUGUGAAACAACAACAACUUUUCUGUCAAUCAGCGUCUGAACGAAUCAGCCAGCUGAUGGUUUCAUCUCUGUUCUGUCUUCUCUUCGAGCCCAGACAGAGUCCAGACAUCACUGGCUGCACAACAGCAAAAUGGAUGAACAACAAGCCAGAAAUGCAUUGUGCUGCCAACAGUCACUGUUAUUCUCUCUCUCUCUCUGUGCGUGUGUGUGUGUGUGUGUGUGUGUGUGUGUGUGUGUGUGUGUGUGUGCGUGUGUGUGUGUGUGUGCGUGUGUGUGUGGAGGAUGCAUGCGAGUACUUGUCGUGCCUUCUCAUUUACAGCUCUGGCUUCCAGUCCGAUGGAGGAAUGCAGGAACAUUCCCGAGAAUGUGGACUGGAACCUGGGCCUUCAGUGUGUGUGUGUGUGUGUGUGUGUGUGCGUGCUGGCAGCUGAGACUCCAGUUCCCUGUGUGUUCUGGCUGCAGGCUGGGAACACAUGGGAGUGUUCACUGCGCAGGCUGAGGACACAUGCAGACUGUCUUGUGCUCCUCAGUCUGCAGGCUUAUGAACAUAUUCCCAGCAGAACCGAGGAGGCAGAGCAGGUCAGCUCUCCCUCUGAUCUGCCUUCUGAUUCAUUCCCACCCUCAUCUUGUCCUCUGAAGUCCUCCUUUGCGCUUUCAACUCCCCAACCUGUCUCUCCAGGUGUCCCCCUCCCUCCUGUGUGUGCUGUAAUCAGAACCAUCAGCAGACAUGCCGCCCUGUCAUCCUGAGCAGAGGGGAGGUGAGCGUCUGAGAAGCUGCUAAUCCACCAACUCACUCAAAAAGAAAGGCUGCCAGACAGUCAUCACCGUCACCACCGCCUCCACCAGGACGGACAGGGGGGGGGGGGGCUGCUUUCUGACUGCAGCCAAACUGGCUUCAAAGCUCCACAGGCUGCAGUCAGAACCGUGCUGGUGAAGCCGGCUGACGCACAACUUCUUCAUUUCUCCUGAUGUGGUGAGAAAAACUGGGCACCGCCUGACCUCCUGUUGGACUUCACCCUGAAGGGAACAUCACCCAGAGGUCACUUGGAAAACGCGUCAGGAAAUGAUUAGUCAUUUUUCCACUGACUUUUCCCUCAUAAAGCUCUUUUUUCAUAAUCUAAUUCUGGUGCCACUCGCUGUGCAGAAUCCAUUUCCAGUGUGAUACGCUGUCCGGGCUGCCAAGAUCUCCUCGCAGAACCCGGUGGAGAUCGACGCUGCGACCGCCCGCUUCCCGGCACCGACAGACGGUCAUGGGACUGCGCGGCCCGCCGCCAGCUGGCCGGAGAGCGCGUCUUUGAAGUGUGACGCACCGGGGAGACGCCCGCCUGCUCCGAGCCGCCUCUCACACGAACUGCAGGAAAUAUAAAAACACGCUCUCAUUCCUCUGCAGUGUGAGCGUAUUUAUAACUGACUGCUGCUUGUGUUGGAGACGGACAGACUGCCACCUCCAUGAGAAAAUGCUCGUAAUAACUCUCUGGAGUCGUGACAGGAAUAUUUGCACCACGUGACUCGCACAGACAUCCAGACCUCCACACAGACACGUUCCAGUGGUUUAACGUUGGAAAACACUGACACCGUCCACAUUCACAGCAGUUUUCCUGCGUAAAAAGACUUGUAUUAAUCCCUGUUAUCAUCUGAACUCGAGGGCGCGUUGAGAGUCACCGCAGUGAACAGGUGGAGGAGCAGGUGGACUCCUCAGGUGCACCCUCUGGGCUCAGAUCUGCUCGGGCUUUAGGACCGCGGGAUGAGCUGGAUGAGGGGCGACGUGUGCGCACCUCCACCAUGUAGAGGUUGAGGGCUGGUCUUGAACCUGGUCUGCUGGAGAGUCCGGGCUCUGGUGCUCCAUGGAGGCAGCGCUGCGCUUCAAAACACAGAUGGGUGACUUGUUUCUCUUUCUAAUUCUUGGAUAACCCCUGUAGGAUCACAAGCUUCAAAGUUGAGUUAAAACUCAAGCAUGGGGAAGUCGAGGCAGCGCUGGGUUCACUUCUGAGCGCCGGACCUCUCUUCAUCAUGAGGCUGUGGGGCAGAGCCACGACUGCCCGCAGGAGGAUGCUCUGCCUCUGGCUGCUGCUCCUCGGCUUCGCUCUGGCGACUCUGGCGUUCUCGGACCUCUUUAACCGAGAGCGAAGCCGCACUCAGCAGAACCCUGGCCCUCCCCGCCGCCCCCUCCAGCGGUUUCCCGGUGAGCCGGACCUGGAGGUCAUCGUGGAUUCUCGGGACCCUGCGUUAGAGCUCGGCGCAGAUCUUGCCCCGCUAAAAUCUCUGCAAGAGGACCAGCUUUUAUUCGUGCCAUCGACUCAGGGCACGAAGAACCCGCCGCAGAAGAAGGGGAGUUACAAGGUGCUUCUGCCCGGAACAAACAGGGACACCCGCGCCGCUGCGCCGCCGACGCACGGGGAGAUGGGGAGAGCAGUUCUGCUACACCUGGAGGGUGCAGAGAGGGAGUCGGAGAUCGCUGCGGUGCAGAAGUACGGUUUCAACGAGGUGGUCAGCGAGAAGAUAUCACUGCACCGCAGGCUGCCGGAGGCGCGCCACCCGGAGUGUUUGGGGGAGCGCUACAGCGAGUCGCUGCCGUCGGCAAGUGUUGUGAUCUGUUUCCAUGACGAGGCUUGGUCCACGCUCCUGCGCACCGUGCACAGCGUGCUGGAUACGGCACCCAAACAGAAUCUGCAGGAGGUUCUGCUGGUGGACGACCUGAGCCUGCACGGUCACCUGAAGAAUGUGCUGAGUGAGUAUGUGUCUCAUCUGGACGGGGUGCGUUUGAUUCGCAGCACCAGGCGCCUUGGAGUUGGAGGGUGCCGCGCUCUGGGUGCUGCCAGAGCCACAGGGGAGGUGCUGGUGUUCAUGGACUCCCACUGUGAGUGCCAGAGAGGCUGGCUGGAACCUCUGCUGGAGAGGGUGGCACAGGACAGGACAAGAGUGGUCUCCCCCAUCAUGGAUGUGAUCGACUGGCAGACCUUUCAGUACAACGCCACCCAGUGGCCAGUUAGGGGAGUGUUCGACUGGAGACUGGACUUCCACUGGGAAUCAAACCCUCAACUGCAAGACAAGGACCCAGAGUCAGCUGUUCAACCUCUGAGGAGCCCGGUGUUAGGAGGCGGAGUCUUGGCCGUGGACAGACACUUCUUCCAGAGUGUGGGAGCCUACGACCCGGGCAUGCUGCUGUGGGGGGAGGAGCAAAUCGAGCUGUCCAUCAGGGUGUGGUCAUGCGGGGGUUCCAUGGAAGUGGUUCCCUGCUCCCGUGUGGCCCACCUGGAUCACCACCACCCGCCCUACCAGUUCCCAGACCAGGAUCUGCUUCAGAGGAACAAGAUCCGGAUCGCUGACACCUGGAUGGACGCGUACAGGAAGAUCUUCUACAGGAGAGACACGCUCGCCCAUUUCAUCCGACAGUCUGAGAGUCCGAACAUCACAGAGCGUCUGCGGCUCAAGAGGGGUCUUGGCUGUAGGAACUUCCACUGGUACCUGACGACUGUUUAUCCGCAGCUUUACAUCCCUCAGGACAGACCUGCACUGUCGGGCGAGCUGUACAACGUCGGCACUGGCAGCUGUGCUGACUCCCCCCGAGGGCCGGACCUGCAGGACGGGGCCAUGAACAUCGCACCGUGCACCGGGACGGGCAGCCAGCACUGUGAUCUAAACUCUGAGCUGGAGGUGCGCUGGGGUGCCAUGGGGGCUCUGUGCUUUGAUGCCAGAGGGGAGAGGGUGGUCUUGUCUCCGUGCCCCAGGCAGCGACCGACCAUCAGCAGACUCCGGUGGAAGUUCAUAAAGCUGAGCGGCCAGCUCGUCCACCAGCAGUCCCAGCUGUGUCUGGAGGCUGUGAAAGAAGGAGCGCUCCCACAAAGCAGCCCGAAAGACGUCAGCACCCACACAGGAGGUCUCUUCCUGCGCCCCUGCAACCAUCACCCCAGACAGCAGUGGCAUUUUGAGCAGCUAGUUGCUCCUAAAGGUGCCUGACACAGAGAGCACAGAGGGAUUCACUGGGUCUGCGUGAUGUAAAUCUGUAGACAGUAGAAGCAUAAAGUAGUGAAAUGGUGUAGAAAAAUACACAAAAUUUACAUUUUUUCGCUCCACUUUGCCGCUCAGCUCGAUUUGUUCCUGUUUUAAGGAUUGCAAAUACAAUUUUACUGUGUUAAAUAAUAAACAACAGAUUAUCUAAAAAAGAAAAUAUACGAUUAUGUUGGAAUAAAGUCUUUAUUUAAAUAUACCUUUUUAGGAAUGUCUGUUACUGUAUUUAUGUACUGUACAUUUAAUCAUGUUCAGAAGUUCAUGUUCAAAACCUGUAGAGAAAAUGACUGAUUAAAUGAUUUUUGUAAAUGCUU